GCACUACACUAGCUAGUUAUCCACACCACAUACACAAUUUUCCAAUUACUACUACAUAUAAAUUAAGUAUUAUAUCUGAGCUAUUCCCACAGUAGCUUAUGAAGAAGUAUCUUUCUUGUAUCCAACAAAAAUGGCUGCAACUAUGGAUUCAACAACAUUUAUCCUCCUACUCUCAUUCUUUUUAGGUGUUUGGACACUACCUCUCCAAGUUGAACCAGCAAAUGUUAACCCUCAAAUCACUGUGAUGGGGGUUGUCUACUGUGACAUCUGCUCCAAUAACACCUUCUCCAGGCACAGCUACUUCAUACCAGGGGCAGAUGUUAGAAUAGAUUGCAUGUUCAAAGCAAUUACUCCAAGUACCACAGAACAGAUAUCAUUCUCAGUGAACAGAACUACAAACAGAUAUGGAGUUUAUAAGCUUGAAAUACCAUCAGUGGAUGGAGUUGAAUGUGCAAAAGAGAAAUCAAUGGUGUCUUCGUGCAGGGCAAGCUUGAUGCGGAGCUCAUCUUCCUCCUGCAAUGUUCCUGGUUAUAGAACCACUUCUGAUCAAAUCUCUAUCAAAUCAGAACAAGCCAAUCUCUGCAUUUACAGCCUAAAUGCAUUAACUUACAGACCACCCAAGAGAGAGAUUGCCUUAUGUGGAAAUUAGAAUCAUAACACUCUUAAUUUCAUGUGUAACUCAUAUGAUUAUAUAUCAUCUGUAUGUGUACAAUUCGGAUAUUGCAUGGUUUUUUUUUUUUUUUUUCAUUGUUCCUCUCUCCCCCACCCAUAAAUGUCAAAAAUCUAAAGUGUACAAUUUAUGCAUAAUGAAGAAAUUAUUCCAUGCAUGUUUGUGAUUUAA